GGCCCGGCGGGGGGGGGCCGGCGUCCGGGGGGGGCCGGCGGCAACUGGAUGGCGACUCACCCCACGUUCACCGAAAUGAUGUCUCUUGAUAUAUCUGACAGCACUCAAAUCUACGCUGCGUUUGUGGUGUACCUGGACCUCUUAGAAGGGAGAAACUGGCAUGAAGUGAAGCAUGUCGGAGUAGCAGAACUGCAGCUCGUAUGUUUACAUGCACGUGAAAGAGAACAGGACAGUCUCCAAGUGAUGGUGCCAGUACCUGUGCACAUAUCGCUAAGCCACGAGAGGAUAAGAGAAAUCUUAAAGAAAGCGGCUCUCCCACAAGACGAUCCUGACACCCCGCUGUCAGUUACCUUGGCCAUAGUUGAGACAGAUUCCACAGUAGUCUACUAUAAAAUGACUGAUGGCUUUGUAAUACCAGAUCCUCCUGACAAUACUGAAGAUGUGGACAAUAAACAGUGGAGAAAGAAAAGAAAGAAGCUUUUCAAAUGAUUAAGGCAAAUGGACUUUUCUUGAACUACUGUCCUCAAAUCUAAACAAAUACAGGAACUUAUGUAUGUAAAUAAGUAGUGUGCUAAAGUCUGCCUUCUGCAUAUCAAGCAUCUGUCCGGGGAGAACGGAUGCACUGUAAUGAAAUGCCAUUUAAAGUAUGGAAUGGGUCAUGCUUUGAGACAGAUCGCUCCUGACUAAUAAAUAUACUUGUGAGAUGUUUCCAAA